AUGACUUCAAGCCAACCACCAGAAGCUUACCAACUACACACUUAUCAAGUCUUCAACAUGUCUAUUCGCAUCAUCGAUCCAUCCGGCGACUUCCACCUCCAAGUCUUCGAAGCAAAUUCCUUCACCUCUACCACUUUCCUCGUCUCUCGCAGCACUCUAGAAAACCACUCCACUCACGAUCUCACCUCCGACAUCCGCAAUUCCCCUACCAAUUCCCUCACCCUCUACGAUGUGAAUAUCCCCGCUAUGGAAACCAUCCUCCGAAUCCUCCAUGGUGUUCUCGAUAUCAAUCACCAUCACAGCCACAAUACCAACACCCGCGAAAAAUUCGAUCAAGAAAGCAUCGCAACCCUCUACCACAUCCUCGAUCUCGGCAUGAAGUGGUUCAAGACCGAAGAACUCGAACCUUGGUUCUCCAAAUUCUGGACAGAUCGCAGCGAAAAUGAAAUGUCCUUGUACGAUAUGAAAGUCAUGUUAUACCCAUCCUACAUCUUCCGACACGCAGAAGCGUUUGCGCGCAUUACCAAAUCUCUUGUUUUUGAGUGGAGAAGUGGUGAGAUGCAUGGUUUGAACCCUCUUACGGGUCGUGCGGAAUUUCGCUUCGAGCAUAGGAUUUUGAAGCAACUCGUUCGUCUCAAGACCAGAAUUCUCGAGCGCGAAGUUACUAAUGACCUACUCGAUCCACUGGAUCAUCUCUGCAACGACUUCUGCGAGGCAGGUGGUAACUGCAUGGUAGCGUAUAACAAAUCAUUGAGAGACUGCCUCGUCAUUCCAUCCAUCGUUCGUAGAAACUGCUCAAUCAGAGAUAUACUCGAGAGUGAAGGAGUAAACUUCUGGAAUUGUGCCAGUCCACCGCACGCUUCUGAGCACUGUUCAAAUAUCCUAUCCGGCAAACAUGUUGUGAAGAUCAAGAAAAAUGCAUUGAACUUCUGGGAGGGAAUGUGUAUCGAAUGCGUCUUACGUACUUCGGGUGGACACAUCAAUCAAGAACAAUUCUGGGAAGACGGUCGACGCAAACGCUACGGAACCUCUUGUCCCAUUCCCCACAAUUAUCAGACGUGGAAUUAUAGUUACAUGGGCCCGUUUGAGCUAAUGUCAAAACACAUAGCUGAACAAAAAGAACGCGAGAAGAAUAAAGAACGCACUAGGCAUGGGAUGAAGUUUUCCGCUAAGUCGAGAUUUCCUUAUGCUUCAGAUUCACCCAAACGAUCUCGCAGACGUUCUUCUGUCAGCUUUUCCACUCCAGAUGAAUAUGCCAUCCAACAACAACAGAAGAUUGCGGAAUUGACUGCCAAAAACGGGGCUGCGAAGAUGAAAAAUGCUGAAGCAUCAACUGAUUCCAGCAGACUAAGAACUCAAGAUACAACGCGCUCAUUCAACACCAGUUCCCCCAAAACCCCAUCUCGAAAGGCUCUCCCUGCCAAAUUUGCAACUUCUGAUGAAACUGCUCGUCUUCAACAAAACAAAAUUGCGGAGUGGACCGCCAGAAAUCUAGCCAACCAAGCUCGAAUCAGAGGGGCGGAAGAAGAGGCCAAGGCAGAAACUGAAGCCGAAGCUGCUGCUGGCUAUACAGAUGCCUACUUUGCGGCUCUGGAAUUCUACAACGACGAUCAUGACAACACCUUCGUCCCAGUCAAUACCCCUCCUCCACCCGCCGCCAAGAAAGACCUCAUCAACAACAACCACACCAUCUACACUAUUCCUACCCCCAUGCCCAAACCAUCUCCAACCACCACCCCCAAAGACCCAAACCAGUCCUUCCAAUUCCCCCCAAAAAUGCACGCCUUCAACUCCAUUCCCGUGAACAAAGCGGCUCCCAAGAACGACUGGAUUGCACAACGCUUGGCAUUCUACAACAGUAACCGAGAAGGUGCACUAGCUCAUCAACGCAUGGUAAAUGGAGAGACCGCUAUGGAUCUCGAUGCUUCGGACGAGGAGUUGUAA